AUGUCCAAUCAAAGCUACGAAAAUCCGAACGAUCCGAGCGAUCCCAACAACGAAAAGAAUCGAAAUAGCGGCGGAGUUCCAUAUGUUCCGCAGUCAUUUGUGGGAAGUAUGAGAGAUUCUGACGAAAUUCCCGAAAUUGAAAUCGUUGCGCCAUCACCGAGAAGAGCGACAAAAAGACGCGCUGAAGAACCAGACGAAGAAAACGCGCAUCCGUCGCCACCCACAACGGCAAAUGCCAAUGAGACACUAGCAGAACAAAUACGCUGCUACAUUCCGAUUCCAACAAGCGGAGUUUUGCCUUAUGCCCACGCUGUUAUUGUAGAUAUCCCAAUUCCGGGCACGGCAAUCGAUCCCGACGCUGUCACUUUAUUUACGCUUAAUCCAGUUUCUGAAGACAUAAUAUUGGAUAUUGAUUUCGCUCUUUGGAUGAAGCCACCAAUAACAGAUUUGAGGCUCACUGCACCAAGUCACUGGCGUCGUAUUGGACCCAUUCCAAUUCCAUCGAGAGAGCAAAUGACGUUGAUGGGGCUUCUUCCCUCGCAGGAUACACAAUCGGUCGUUGAUUUACAAAAUCGGGCACCGCGACCAGAAAUGUGUAUUUCACCUCCGCGUGCCCUGCCAAGCCCCUUUCCUAGCAUCAGUAAAGCGUCUGUUACUACCACUAUGGCAACCAACUACGGGCCCAAUAAACUUUUGAUGGGCUAUAUUAUGGGACGACAUGAUGAAAUUGUCAAUGAAUGCAACUACAAUGAGUAA